GUAAAACUGUAAAACUUGUCUCCUCCUCAGGUAGUGGCAAGCUGAGGCCCAGCAGAGGACAGAGUGUGGUCUCCAGUCAAGGCAGCCUGCACUCUGACAUACUGGGUUAUGAUGGUGGCAGCAGUGACUCUGGUGCCUGACUUCUGGCUCAUCGUUAAGAUCCACCAGGACAAAGCAGAGGAGUUCUCCCACUCCAGGAGCUUCAACGAAGGGAAGGAGGACGGAGUAGGGGAGGAGGAGGACGUGCCAGAGUACUUACAGUUGCAUCAGAUGGUGGUGAGGAAGAUUGGGGAGAUCUUCCGUAUAGUCAAUCAGCGUCUGCUACUCCAGGACCUCAAUGACAGCCACAUGUGUAACUCUCUUCUGGUGGCAGAGAGUGAAGAGGAUAUCUGGAAGAACGAGUCCCUGUACAGACAGAGACUGGCCAACUCUGAUGAUUACAAUGCUGAGGAGAACUACCAGCCGCGGGACUACCUUGCUGCCACCAUGCAGUUCAUCCCAGGUCACUUUGCCUGUGAGGUGGUGUGGAGCACCGUCAUCCACAUCCACCCUCGCCUCAAAGUGGGACCCAAUGUAGGUGUGUUCAGGGCUAUCCAGGCUCUGCGGUCAGUGCUCAACACCUUGUGUGUGGUCAACAGGAAGAGCAUGUUUAUCUAUCAGGAGCGCACUACCAAAUCAGUCUUCUACCUCAGACUUUGUGAGACAUCUCAAACAGGGAAGUACUGUGACCUGGAUGGCAGCCUACAGCCCAUGUCUCGCCCGGAGCCAGGAGCCCCUCUUCUCUGAGGAGUUCACGGGCUCCCGGUCAUCUCUGGAAGGUGUCCGUCCAGUGGGACAGGUGGACAAACACAUCCUGUUGCUGGUGUAUGGAGUGGGAAGUGCUGGUAUUGCCUGUAUCGCGCUGUUCGUAGACACUCAAGGAUGCCCCCUGCAGGUUCUUGCCCACAACUGCACCACACCACCCAGAGGAGAUCUCUCCAGCAUCCUCCUACAGCCAGAACAGUUUGACACCCUGACAACUGUCAUUAAGGUGGACUCCAACUACCUCAGCUCAGGGUCAGCGAUGAGGGUACGUUUUGACAUUUGGUAACAAGGAAACAUUUCCCCCCUGCUAACUGACAAACUGUGAGGAUCCCUGCGCCACACCCUCUGUGAUGUCAUCAUGGAACUGAGGGUCCUGCCCAAUCCGCUGUGCCUGGAGACGUUCCUUACCACACCUGGGAGAUGUCAGAGAGAAGACACAACUAACGGAUGACCGUCCAUUCAGCAGUGCACCGCUGAGAUUGCCUCCCAGUUCCUGCUUCCUCCCAUCCUGACAGAGAUUGUCAAUCUGGUCAGCUCCCUGGCCAGUGACACCACUGUCAAGGUGUUCGAGAGGACGAGUUGUCCCCAAGGAGACAUCUUUGUUCCCAUGCCUCUGAUCCAACACCCACCUGCCACCUCUAGAAACGUCAUCCUCAUUGGAAGGAUCUUCCACCAGUGGCAUUGCUGCACAGAGCAAGGUACCUGCUAUAGCCAGAGUUCUAUUAUCUCUGUGCUCUGAAACAAGUCACUGUUUGCUUGACCCGUGAUUUUGUUUGCUUAUUUGAUUCAUGGAGUUAAACAUAAUC